AGACUAGUCGCACUAGAAGCGAGACGGAGGGAUCAGCGGUCCGGUUCAUUCUGUCAAGGACCGGGCAGACAGACAGACAGACAGACAGACAGACAGACAGACAGAGAUCUGGAUCUCGGUGUCGGACAAACUCUCUGAUUCCCUGAGAAGAACUGAAGUCGACAUGGUGGAAAUCAAAGCAGCAGCAGCUCUGUUUCUUAUUACCUUCUGUCUCUCCACACACCCUGCCUCAGGCUCCUAUCCGCGAGCACAGAAUGUCACUUGGAAAUCCACCAACUUUAAAACCAUUUUGACCUGGGAGCCCGAACCAUCAGCUGAUUACUCCUACACAGUGGAGUUCUAUGCGGUUAAUGGGGACAGACAGAGGAACCCCCACUGCAUCCGCUCCCCAGUCACAGUAUGUGAUCUGUCCAGCUAUCUAACAGACCUGAAUGCCUACUACACAGCUGACGUCCUGUCUGAACCCCCGCUGGGGGCCACCUCGGACCUCAUCGAGUUCCCCCACACCAGCUCACCGCGAUUCAACCCCUACAAAGACACUGAUAUAGGCAGACCUGACUUCAAGCUGGAGGUGAGCGAAGACAAAAAGAAGACCACCCUCUAUGUGACUGACCCACUCACCGCCCUGUUCAAAGAUGGCCGCCAGCUGAACAUCAGGGAUGUCUUCUCCGAUCAGCUGCAGUAUAAAGUCACCUAUGGGAAAAAUAAGAGCAGCGGCAAGAAAGUGUACACCUCUAAGACCAACGUGAUAGAGCUGAGUGAUCUGGACCGAGGGCAGAGCUACUGCUUCAACGUCCAGGCUUACAUUCCCAGCCGCAGCAUGGACAAGCAGCUGGGAGAGAUGAGCCAGACGCAGUGCUCCAACGACGACAACCCGUCCAUCUUUGAAGUGUAUUCGGUGGGCGUUGUCGCUGCGGCCAUCUUCCUCGUCCUGCUGCUGAUAGGCCUCGUCAUCGCCGUCACCGUGGUCUGCUGCAAGCGCAGGAAGAAAGCUCUGAAGAGUGGGAAAGAAGGAAUGCCACUACGCGAUGUAUAGACACACAGACACACAGACACUGUUUUUUACACAAAAGUAUGUUGAACGUUAGUAUACAUAUCGAGUAUGUAGUGCAGAGGAUGAGAUCUAGUCCAACAUUCCUCAGCCAAACACUGGAAUCAAAUGCUUUCUUUAGUUUCUGUGAAACUGCCUCUGAAUAUGUCAGACAUUUUUUUUUUUUUUUUAUCAUUUCAUGCUGCAGAAAAAGAGACGUUAGGAAAACACUGUUUGAACACUCCUGCUGUACAUACUAGUCAUGUUGCUGAAGCUGUAAUAUUCCACACCUUGUCUUUUUAUAUAUAUAUAUAUAUUAUUUGGUGAGUGGUACCUCCUCUGAUGACUGUAGAUAAUCACUACCAUUUAUUUAUUUAUGUCAUUUUAUGGAGUAUUUUCUAACUUGAAAUGACUUGACAUGAUUUGAUCACAUGAUUUUAUUUUGGGAGACUGGUGAAAUCAACACCCUAGUAUAUAUUAUUUUUGUAAGUGAUGCUUAAUUUAUUGUGUUUAUUUGAGAUUAACAUAUUUGUAGGAUGUAUGAUGUCAUGUUUUAGCUCUUUUAUACUACAGAUUGUUGCAGAUAAUUUUAUUACGUGGUGAAAUGUUGGAGUAAUAAAUAUUUUACAGAACACGA